ACAAGAACUGGAAAUUCAGGGCAAGUGCAGAGUCACAAUGUUUGAGGAAAGUCAGCAUUUGUCCCAGCGACACCGACGACAGUCAACACGCAAUUUUGAAUUCUGCAGGAAAAGCAAGAGUUUUUUUGAUCUUUUUGUGGUCCCUGAAAACCCUGUGCUAGACAUGUACGCUGCCAGCUGCCUGCGGUCUGAAGACCAGUUCCUGUGCUCCAUCUGUCUGGAUGUGUUCAAAGAUCCAGUCACCACACCAUGCGGACACAACUUCUGCAAGAACUGCAUCACUGAACACUGGGAAACUAAUGACAUCUGUUUGUGCCCCAUGUGUAACAAGGUUUUCUACACAAGACCAGAGUUAGACAUCAACACCUUCAUCUCAGAGAUGGCUGGUCAGUUCAGGCACGAAGCUCAACAGACUGUCAGCAGCAGCGACUCAGAGCAACAAGUCCCCAAACCAGGAGAGGUUCCCUGCGACGUGUGCUCUGGAACGGCCCUCAAGUCCUGCCUGGAUUGUCUCAUGUCCUACUGCGAGACCCACCUGGAGCCUCAUCUGACGGCAGCACGUCUAAAAAGGCAUCAGCUGAUCGAGCCCGUGGAGAACCUGGAAGCCAGGAUAUGUAAGAAGCACGACAAACCUCUGGAGCUGUUCUGUAAGAGAGACCAGACCUGCAUCUGCAUGUUCUGCUCGGUGGUGGAGCACAAGACACACGAUGUUGUUCCUCUGAAAGAAGAAUAUGAAGGAAAGAAGGCAGAGCUGGUGACGACGGAGGCUGAAAUCCAGCAGAUGAUCCUGAAGAGACGGCUGAAGGUUCAGGAGAUUAAACAGUUGGUGAAGCUCAGUAAAGAAGGAGCAGACCGAGAGAAAGCGGAAGGAGUCCAGGCCUCCGCUGCUCUGAAGGAGUCUGUGGAGAGGAGCCUGAACGAGCUCAUCAAGGAGAUCGACAGCAAGCAGAAAGCGGCAGAGACCCAAGCUCGAGACUUGAUUAAAGAGCUGGAAGAGGAAACGUACGAGCUGAUGAAGAGAAGCACGGAGGUGGAGCAGCUGGCGCGUGGGGAGGAUCACCUCCACUUCAUCCAGAGCUUCCACUAUUUACAGGCCCUUCCUCCCACCAAGGACUGGACGGAGGUGGAGGUCCGGCCUCCGUCCUACGAGGGCACGGUGGUGAGAGCUGUGGCUCGGCUGGAGGACACGCUCAGCGCAGAAGUGAAGAAGCUGCUGGAGGCGGAGCUGGCGAGAGUCCGGCAGUUUGCAGUGGACGUGACCCUCGACCCGGACACGGCUCACCCUGAUCUGGUCCUGUCUGCUGAUGGCAAGCAGGUUUACGACAGCGAUACGAAGCAGAAGCUGCCAGACAACCCAGAGCGGUUCUCGGACUGUAACUGUGUCCUCGCAAAGCAGAGCUUCUCUUCAGGCAGGUUUUACUUUGAGGUUCAGGUCACAGGAAAGACCGACUGGGAUGUGGGAGUGGCCCGAGAGUCCAUCAACAGGAAGGAGAACAUUCCGCUGAGCCCGGCUGACGGCUACUGGGCCGUCUGGUUGAGAAACGGAAGCGAGUACGAGGCGCUAGACGAGCCCGCGGUGAACCUGCGCCUCAAGUCCCGGCCCGAGAAGGUGGGCGUGUUCGUGGACUGCGACCAGGGGCUGGUGUCCUUCUACGACGCAGACACCGGAGCGCUGAUCUACUCCUUCUGCGGCUGCUCCUUCACUCACAAACUGCUGCCGUACUUCUGUCCCAGUGACAACGACGGUGGUAAAAACUCAGCUCCUCUGAUCAUCUGUCCUGUCAAACAAAACAACCCUUUCCUGUAGCGGCAUCCUGGAAGACGCAGAGCUGAGAGGGAGCGUCCAAGGUUUGACUCAUGUGGGUGAAGGCUGAAUCAAAAACCAUUUGUGGCAUCUGAAUCAGGAAUGUUGAAAUUAUAUGUAUUUACUUUCAUGGCUUCUUGUUAAAUUGAAAGCUAAAUAAACUUCUCCCAAACAGUG